AAAAUGCCUUUUCCCACUCCCAAAGUGGAUGAAAAUUACAAACAAACCCUAAUCCCUCCCUCCCACUUUCUAAAACCCUAAAAGCCCUCUAACCCCCUGCAAGCACUCCUGCUUUUGCUUCUACUUCCCGCGCGCGCUAUGUUCCGCUCAAACUUCUCUUUUCGACUUCCCCUAACAAAUGCCCAGUGAUGCAGAAGCUGUUCCGCCGAACCGCUUCUUCUGGUCCUAUUCUUUUCACUUCUGGUAAGCCCCCACUGUCCCUGCACUCUUUACCACUUCCGCCGCGGCAACUCGCAAUGCCGGCCACUGCUACCGCGUUUCACGGCGGCGGCCUCUCCAACCUCGCCUCCUCUUGGUCCACGAGAAAAUCGAUUUCCGUUGCCGCCGCUUUCGGAGGGGGAAACUGCCGCAUCUGCCGGUGCUCGAUUGAAGGAGGCGCCGGCGUCAGACGAGCCUGGGGCCGGGCUCGGGGGGCGUGGUUCCGUGCGGGUUCGGAGGAUGGGUUUUCGGUAAAGAUUGUGGAGAAGGGUUCGGGUGGUUGCAGUGUUGAAGAUGAGGAAGAUGGGGAGAAGGGUUCGGACGAGAAGCCGUUGAGAUUGCAGAGGAGGCAGAGGGGUUCAUCGUCGUUAAACAGUGGGGCUGUGGCUGCAAAUGUUGAUCUCUUGACGAUUCCUGGCGUUGGUCCUAGGAAUUUGAGGAAGCUUGUGGACAAAGGUAUUGGUGGAGUUGCUGAGCUCAAACAACUCUAUAAAGAUAAGUUUUUUGGGGAAUCCAGUCAGAAGAUGGUGGAGUUUUUGCGGAGUUCUGUAGGAAUCAUUCACAGAAAUCAUGCUGAGAGUAUAACUACUUUCAUCAAAGAAAGUGUUGAUGAAGAAUUAAAGGACAAUUCCGACUCUGAUGCAAAGCCUACCCAGAAGAAACGACUCACCUUCUGUGUUGAAGGAAAUAUCAGUGUUGGGAAGACGACUUUCCUUCAAAGAAUAGCUAAUGAAACACUUGAGCUGCGUGAUCUUGUUGAGAUUGUUCCUGAACCUAUUAACAAGUGGCAGGAUGUUGGACCUGAUCACUUUAAUAUAUUGGAUGCAUUUUAUGCUGAGCCACAACGGUAUGCCUAUACCUUUCAGAAUUACGUGUUUGUUACCAGAGUUAUGCAGGAGAGAGAGUCAUCUGGUGGAGUUAAGCCUCUGAGGUUGAUGGAGAGGAGUGUUUUCAGUGACAGGAUGGUAUUUGUACGAGCUGUUCAUGAAGCAAACUGGAUGAAUGAGAUGGAGAUCAGCAUUUAUGACUCAUGGUUUGAUCCCGUAGUUUCAUGCUUGCCUGGGCUGAUUCCUGAUGGCUUCAUCUAUCUUAGAGCAACCCCUGAUACCUGCCACAAGAGGAUGAAGCUACGCAAGAGAAAUGAGGAAGGGGGAGUCUCCCUAGAGUAUCUACGUGAUUUGCAUGAAAAGCAUGAGAGCUGGCUUUUCCCAUUCCAAAGUGGAAAUCAUGGGGUAUUGUCUGUCAAUCAGCUACCUUUUGGCAUCGAUAGCUCUUUACAUCCUGAUAUAAGAGAUCGCGUGUUCUAUUUGGAGGGUGAUCAUAUGCAUUCAAGUAUUCAAAAGGUUCCUGCUUUGGUCCUUGACUGUGAGCCAAACAUUGAUUUCAGCAAAGACAUCGAAGCAAAGCAACAGUAUGCUCGCCAAGUCGCAGAAUUUUUUGAAUUUGUGAAGAAAAAGAAAGAAGUUCCAUCUCUGAAAGCCAGUGAAGAAGCAGCAGCAAAGAGUAGCCAAGCGCAUGUAUUGCUGCCCCACAAAGGUGGACUGUGGGUACCAGAUGGGAAGCAUUUUCCAGAAUCAGCCCUCAAAUCUUUGGAUUUCAGACGAGCCAUGUCAUUUCUUUCUGGUUAGCUCUCCCAGAUUCAUGUUGGAGAGGUAUCUGUCUUUGUCUCUGGGAGCAAUGGCAAUGGCAAUGGCAAUGGCAAUGUGUUUAUUUCCUAUGUGCAUGUAAAAUUGUUUUUAACCCGGUCACCGUGGAGAUGUAGAGUAGGUUGUAUGCUCUUAAAACACUUUGGAUGCUUUUGUGUUUAGUUGUUGAAUCUUGAUUUGCAAAGGCAGUUUCCUCUCUUCAUUUGAUCGCCUUAA